AUGUCUACAAACACCCCCAUCGACUUCGCCAACAUCGCUCGGCCCACUCGGUCGGUCCAGCCCAACUGCCUGACCUACAACGACGACCACGGCGUCCAGCACCGCAUCUACCUACCACAAGGUUCGUCGGAGCGGGCAUCCCAGCUCCUCAUGGAGAAGAACUGGGAUGAACUGGCCAAAUAUGAGCCGUACAGUUACAAGGAAUCGGACUACAAGACGAUCGAGGAGACCCAGUAG